AUGGCUGCUGCGGGAGUUUCUCAUCCCAGCUCCCCGCGCCUCCCCAGUCCUCCCCCGUUCACCGAGGUGCAAAUCGGCCCCAAGUCGCCUUCGGUCGGCGAGUCAAUUGGGAAGGAUGUAGAGCACUAUCUGGGUGCAUCGCAAGGUGCCGACGAUGGCUCGACUCGGAGAAUUCGUCCGGGGACCAAAGCGGUGGAUAUGGCAGUGGGCCCUCCGUUGAUCCCCCUCUCGCAGCUUGAUUCCCCUUUCCAACUCCAGGAACACCUGAAGGCGCUCUACAACCAUUACACCCGACCCGAGGGAACCGAUACCGUCGUUCCGAUCAACCGGGAUGUUGCGAUCCAGCUUGCCGAACCCCCCGAGGGCAUCGACCGGUCGCUUUGGCUGUACGAGCUCUGCCGCUUCCUGACCAUGAAGGUCAACAACCUGAUCAUCGCCUUCUUCGCCGAGAACCCUCCCUGCUCCUCUCAGACCUGCCCGGAGAUGCGAGCGUCCGAGUGGCAAUACCUCUGCGCCGUCCACGAUCCGCCCAAGUCCUGCUGCGCCAUCGACUACUGCUGCCACACCCUCGACUGGGCGACGACCAUUCUCACGUCGCCGAAAUAUUUCCCUAGCCGGUUGACGUUGGGGUCGGAGGCGGCCGGCGGACCGCAAGCCAGCAUGAGACAUCUCACCAAUAUCUUCCGCCGGCUCUACCGCAUCUUUGCGCACGCGUGGUUCCAGCAUCGGGAGGUGUUCUGGCAGGUCGAGGGCAACGACGGGCUUUACAUCUUCUUCAAGACCGUCUGUGACAUGUACAGCCUGAUCCCGGAAGACAACUACACGGUCCCUGCCGAAGCCGAGGGGGUUGAUUCGCACCAGCCGGCCGAGCAGCCCGACGGGCGUCGAUUGACCAUUCUGCGAAAGGAUAGCGGCGGAUCCUCGAGCACCUCGCUGGAGGCUAUGGAGCCGUCCUCCAUCAGCACGGGCGCAACCACCCGACGUCACAAGAAUAGCCCGUCGACGAGCUCGCGGGUUACUACGAUCAGCGAAAGCGCCGAAGACGACGAGCAGCACCCGAAAGAGUCCCCGCAGGCGGCGACCGAGUCUGCUCAGAAGGAGCCGAAGCAACCCGAGCCGGAACAGCAAGAGCCAGAGGAGAAACUAGAGCCGGAGCCGGAGCCCGAGAAUGACGAAACGUCCGUCGAUGCCGAUGGGUCCCAAGUUACUGUUGCCGAGGUCCCGGCGGACGAAGACGCCCCCAAGAAAUCCGAAGAAACGCCAGAGAGCCAGGAACAGGAAACGGCCGAGCCUAUUCCCGAGGAACCGAAGCCAGAGGAGGACAAGGACGCGGCCGCUGCUCCUGUCGAAAACGCCAAUCCCGAGCCAGAGUCGGAGCCCGAAAAGCCAACGCCGGAGGAGACCAAAACCGAGGCCUCGGCCAAAGAGGCCUGA